UAAUUGUUUUAUUAAUCAUUGAGUGAUAUUUAAAUAAACAUGAUUCGGAUAAUAGAAUGAACAAUAAACGGUGAAGUCGAAGUGGCGCGGUUUUCAUCGUUCGAACGAAGAUGAAAUUCCCGCGCGUCCCUUCGACGAUCCUUCGUUUAACGAUCGUCAUUGAAAUUGCGAUCGUCGUAAGGGCACAGCAAAGAUUCAAGGAAGUACCGGCUAUUUAUCAAGAAGUAUCGGCUGGUCACGAUGUACAAUUACCUUGUAAGGUGCAAGAUAAAAAGGGACAGUGUAUUUGGCAAAAGGAUCGUAAACCUGUCGGAAUAUAUCCGGACAAAUACGAGUGGUUUAGUUUACGUAGUAACGAUUGUACUCUUUUGAUUAGAAGAGCAUCUCUCGAAUUUGACGAUGGUUUUUGGGAGUGUCAAGUUACUUCCGGUGAUUUUAUGCGACAAGAUGCAUUGACAUCAUUACCUGCACGUCUACUCGUUCGAGUUAAACCGAGAAAACCGAGUUUGGAGUACGGGGGUACGAUUUUAAAUACCUCCCUAACGUUGAGGGAAGGACAGGAAGUGACGAUUUCCUGCGUAUCUAGAUAUGGAAAUCCGGUAGCCCUUAUAAAGUGGUUCAUAGGAGAUGAGGAAGUCGAACCACUGAGAGAACAAAUGAACGCCACCGAAGUGGAUAAUCCUAAAACUUGGGCAGCUCACAGUCUUUUACGGAUUCGUGGUCGUCGAGAAUAUCAUGGUCGAAUGAUUCGAUGCAUCACCAUUCAUCCAUCUAGUCCAGUACCAGCUACUGCAGAAUCUCAACUGAAUAUCCAUUAUUCUCCAGAAGUGAGAUUUCAAACGAGCCCUCGAUGGCUGACAAGCUCGUUGGAGGAUUCGGCGAGUUUUAUGAAUUUAAAAUGUAUUGCGGAUGCUAAUCCGAGUGCUAUGAUCAAGUGGUUCAAAGAUUCGACUCCUAUAAGUGACGAUAAUAUUUUAUUACUAACAGAGAACAGAACCAACAGUAAUAACACCUCAACAAUAUCCGAAUUGAGAUUCGAACCGGUUAAGAGGGAUGAUGCUGGGCUUUAUUCCUGCAAGGCUGUUAACAUUAUCGGUGAAAGCCCACAGGCUAAUUAUGCACUCGACGUUCAAUUUGCACCACGAGCGAAAAGAAUGGAAAAUUCUAAUGAUAAUGAAACCCUGAUGGAGAUAGAAGAAACAACACAACUUGGUUCAAACGUGGAAACGUUCGAAUGUCCAGAAUUUGAGGGUAAUCCAAUACCACGUUACAAGUGGAUACAUUUGCGUGGUGGUACAACCGAAAAGACUAUUGAGAAUCCAACUCGUGCUAAGGAUUCUGGAAAACGUUUACGUCUGGAAAAUGUCAUGUGGUCGGACGAAGGGGAAUAUCGUUGUAUAGCAUUUAACAUGAUAAGUGGAACGAAAAGGGAAACGCCUAGCGAUGUACGUUACAUGUUACACGUUACCGGACCUCCAGAGAUACAAGCCAGACCGUCCAGUUCCGGUAAGAAUGGGACUUAUGAGUCAAUAGGAUGGGCCGGUGAACCCGUGCAUCGAUUAAAGUCUCGCUUUUGUUCUCGACCACCACCUCGACUCGUUGCUUGGCAAUGGGGGAGUUCUCAUAUUAGAGCAGGUGAAAGCAUACAACCAAAAUACGAAGCGUUACCGUUAGAACCGAUUAUCGAAGAUAAGAUAGUAACGAAUUGUUAUUGGGCUAAAUUGGAGAUCAAAAAUCUCCACAAAGAAGACUCACGUAUGUAUACUCUUUUAGUGGAAAGUGAAAAAGGUAGAGAUUCGACGAAUAUCAAAUUGAUUAUUCGCGAUCCAUCGGAAAUGAAAGUGAUCGCUGCCGCUUCGGCCAUUGGUUUGUUGCUCCUACUCCUUUUGAUAUCGAUAGGAAUUUAUUCAAUGUUAAGAAUAAAACAAAGACGGUAUAGAUGCGAAGAAGACGAAGGUAGUAUAGCAGCUGAUGCUCUUUAUGGUAAUAAUGCUUCGAUGGAUCGUCAAAAAACAACAAAAAACUUAUCGGUGAAUAAAGGUUCUCCGAGUAAAUCAACACAAGACGGAAAUUUAGCAGUUCUAUACGAUUACGAUCAAAUAGCAAAACAAGCUCGAACUAUGAGUCCAGAAGCAUUGAAAGUCAGAAGGGCUCCGGCUGUUUUACAACCUCCCACAAUGGUGUAAUCGAUUGAAACAUUCGUUUUUUAAAGAAAUUAUUCAAUAAAUACGUUGUAUGUUAUAUACAUCUACUGUUGAUUAUAUUAUUAAGAGAACAAUGAAAAUUUUUAAUG